GGCCCGACCCUAGGGGCCCAUGCCAAGGACGGCAUCACCCACGUGGCAUGGAGCUCCAGGAGCGCUUGCCUUGGGCUGUGUUCGCUUCCUUCCUGUCCUUCUCCCUUCUCGCCCUCGGGCAGGAGACGCCCUUGUGGCGGCGGUGCCCCGUGGCGAGAAGCCGGAUCACGCAGCAACUGCAACACGGAAGAGGGCUCGGGCGACGUCGCGUGAGGACAACAGCGCAGUGGGGUGAGGACGCAGCCGGCCUUCGCUUCGCCUCCCCCUCCUCGGGGGCCUCCUCGGGCGGCUCUGAUGUGGACGGCGACCACACUUCCCAGAGGCCACUGCCGGCAAAGCGGCGGGUGGCACAGCGUCGCAGCCUCCACCUUUUUCGGCCGACGAUUGGACGACAAUGCAGGCGCCCAUCGCGCAGGCUCGGGGGCCCUCUCAUGUCACAAGCCUUCAGGGCAUGGGAACCACCGAGGCAGACCCUGCCGCGGCUGCUACAGCCGCCCUGCCCCCCACCUUCACCGACCGUCGCCCACGGGCCAAGGCCAGGGGGCAUAAGUCGAGGCGAUGUGCGAGUCCUCCAGUCUGUCCUCCUUCCUUCCUAG